AUGGUCAUGAAAACGGACGGCAGUCCUCAAAACAAGAAGGUGUUCGUGACGGAGAUGUACUUUCUGCAAACAUUGAAGAGCAACGUUUUGCUGAACUCGUGUGACUUCAAUACUUCCAUCAUGGAAUCCGUGAGAACGAAGCUGUCGUCACAGUUUGAAGGUGCAAGUUUCGGUGCUCUUGGCAUGGUUGUUCGCUUGUAUGCGAUAGAUAGCAUUGGACAACCGAUUGACAAAACUGCCGGUGGCGAUGGAGCGGUGUUCCCUGUUGAAUUCAGGGUGGUCGCUUUUCGUCCUGUCGUUGGCGAACGGCUGUGCGCCGUAGUGGAGCAAGUGAAUGCGCGUGGAAUCAUCUGCAGAAUUGAGAAUACGUUGGUGUUUAUCUGUAGAUGCUCGAUGCCAUAUGAUUUGAUGUUCAUGCAUUCCAUCAAUCCGCCAUUUUACCGAAACCCUGGAAACACGGUUUCGAUAAUGGUUGGAGAUUUGCUACAAUUCGAGGUGACCGUCGCCGAGUGUCUCGGCUUCGAUUACUUCGUGAUGGGCACGUUGCUGGGUCGUGAUUUGGGUGUUGUUUUAACGCUGCAUGGAUUGGUUCCUUAUGGAACGUUCUGA